CUGACAGUCUGCAUGGUAAGGUAGCCUUACUUGAGCAAGAGCAGAGAAUUACAGAUAUUCUUUUCCUUCUCCGCGCUGAAGUUGUUCUGCAGAUCAAGGCCAUGGCGAUGGCAAGAAGACUUGCGUCUUCUCUCCUUUCCCACUCCUUUUACGCAGCUCGUUGCUCUUCCUCUCUGUUUCGAGGAGCUAGAACACAUGACCGUGCAUUAGGUGUUCUUCGAAUGUUUAGCAUUGCUGCUGAACCUAUCACACCACCAGUUGAGGUACACCAUACGCAGCUUCUAAUCGAUGGAAAAUUUGUGGACUCAGCAUCAGGUAGGACAUUUCCAACCUUAGAUCCUAGGACUGGGGAAGUGAUUGCCCAUGUUGCCGAAGGGGAUCUUGAAGAUAUCAACCGUGCUGUCUCUGCUGCUCGCAAGGCAUUUGAUGAAGGACCAUGGCCAAAGAUGAGCGGCUAUGAAAGAUCACACAUACUUUAUCGGUUCGCGGAUUUGAUUGAGAAACACAAUGAUGAGAUUGCAGCACUUGAAACUUGGGAUGGUGGGAAACCUUAUGAACAUACUGCACAAAAAGAAAUUCCAAUGGUGACACGCCUGAUGCGAUAUUAUGCUGGUUGGGCAGACAAGAUACACGGACUCGUCGUGCCAGCUGAUGGUCCACAUCAUGUGCAAGUUCUGCAUGAGCCAAUUGGUGUUGCAGGUCAGAUUAUCCCUUGGAAUUUUCCACUCCUAAUGUUUGGUUGGAAGAUUGGCCCGGCAUUAGCAUGCGGGAACACUGUCGUAUUGAAGACUGCAGAGCAAACUCCUCUAUCUGCUCUUUAUGUAUCUAAACUGUUGCAUGAGGCUGGGCUUCCUGCUGGUGUUCUAAAUGUGGUCUCUGGAUUUGGUCCAACUGCUGGUGCAGCUAUUGCUAGUCACAUGGAUGUUGACAAGCUUGUUUUUACUGGAUCAACUGAUACUGGCAAGAUUGUGCUUGAGUUGGCUGCAAGAAGCAACCUUAAGCGAGUGACCUUAGAGCUAGGAGGCAAGUCUCCUAUGAUUAUAAUGGAUGAUGCUGAUGUUGAUCAGGCUGUAGAGCUUGCACAUUCUGCAUUGUUCUUCAAUCAGGGACAAUGCUGCUGUGCUGGAUCACGUACAUUUGUACAUGAACGUGUUUAUGAUGAGUUUGUAGAGAAAUCAAAGGCACGUGCUUUGAAACGUGUUGUCGGCGACCCUUUCAAGAAUGGUGUCGAACAAGGUCCUCAGGUUGACGAGAAGCAGUUCAAAAAGAUCAUGCAUUACAUCAAGUCUGGCAUUGACAGCGGCGCCACCCUUGUAGCAGGAGGUGAUAGAAUAGGUGACAAGGGUUUCUACGUUCAGCCUACCGUAUUCUCAGAUGUGAAGGAUGAAAUGGCGAUUGCACGAGAGGAUAUCUUUGGGCCAGUUCAAUCAAUCUUGAAGUUUAAGGACCUUCAUGAGGUCAUACAAAGAGCGAAUGCUACUGAAUACGGGCUGGCUGCAGGGGUUUUCACGAACGACAUGAACACCGCCAAUACCUUGAUGCGUGCACUAAGAGUCGGAACCGUAUGGUUCAACUGCUUCCAUGUAUUUGAUGCUACAAUUCCUUUUGGCGGCUACAAGAUGAGCGGGCAAGGAAGAGAAAAGGGCAUCGAUAGCCUUAAGAACUACCUACAGGUAAAGGCAGUUGUGACUUCACUGAAGAACCCAGCAUGGUUGUGAUCACCUAGCAACCCUUCAUUAAGGUCCAGCCAUUUGUUUUCUGAAGCACCAGCUAGUUGAUGUUUGACCACUGCAAUCAGCUAUCCUGCAUUGCGAAUAUUUGUCAUAAAUAAUCAGCUAUCCUUCAAAAAGAAUGUUCAGUGUUUCUUCUAAAGAAAAUAAUAUUUCAACUGCUUUGAGCCAUUUCUCAGAAA